AUGACCUUCGCUCUCAUCACCUUCACUGUCUACAUGCUUUGGCACACAGGUUGUAGUAAGAACGUACUAAUAACUCAAUGGCCCAGGUACAUCUCCGUUCAGCCUGAGGGCUCAGUGGGCAUGCACUGUUACCAGAACAACACAGAUUAUGACUACAUGUACUGGUACAGACAAAAGAAAGGAGAGGGUCCUGUGCUAAUGGCUACCUUCAUAGCUGGGUCUGUAAAAUAUGAGCCUAGCUUUAAGUCUGGCUUCAGGGCCUGGAGCUCCAAGAAGAAGGAAUGGUUCUGUAGAGAGUGUCAAGUUAGAGGAUUCUGGAGCAGGGUGGAGAUUCAAUGCAGUCAUAAUGACAGCAGCUAUCCAGUCCUGCUCUGGUACCAACAGAGUCCAGACAGUCAGGUUAUGUCCCUUAUUGGAUAUGGCCAUGCCACUGGGGAGCCCAACUAUGAGGGCCAGUCCCAGAAGAGAUUGAUGCUUCAGGGCUCGACAAUAACGAUGACACCCCAGAGUGCUGUCCUCCCCCGUGGCUAUGCUUUCAACCUGAGGUGUGAGCAGCAUGAUACCGUCCACGACAACAUGUAUCUGUACAAACAGGAGGAACCGCAGAGUCUCAGGCUCAUGGCAUACUCAUACCAUUCUCACUACGAAGAACAGGAGAAGGGCUUUGAGACAGGCUACAAAGUAAAGCGACCCUCCGUUGCUGUGCUCACAUUGCUCAUCCAAAACCUUUCAGCCCGAGACACAGCUGUCCCUGCUUUCUUCGGGAGUGGCAGCAAACUCACAGUCUUAGAUCGUGAAAUUACAUCCCCCAAAGUCACUGUCCUGCCACCCUCUGAUACUGAGUGUAAAGACAAGAAGGACAACAAGAACAAGAAGACCCUAGUGUGUGUGGCCACCGGCUUCUACCCCGACCAUGUCAGUGUGCUAUGGAAGAUUGAUGGGGUGGACAAAACUAAAGGAGUGGGGACUGACAACUCAGCUGUGCAGGAAGCCAACACUAACACAUACAGCAUCACCAGCAGGCUGAGAGUGUCUGCCAAGGAGUGGUACACACCUUACUUGAAAUUUACCUGCAUUGUCCAUUUCUACAACGGGACUACGGAUCUUGAAUUCACAGCAGACAUACAUGGAAUAAAAGGUCAAAGUCCAGUCAUAAGUACAGAGCGCUAUGUGGCGAGCACCCAGACUGCUAUACUUGCAUAUGCUUUUUUUAUUGUGAAGAGUGGCUCCUACGGACUCUUUAUCAUGGUCUUUGUGUGGAGGCUUCAAUAGUUCAGCUGGAAAGCAGUAUAACUGAUGACCAGAUAACCACUUUGACUUGUAACAUGGGAUUAUAUUACAACAAAAUAUCUAUGCUGAAUGCUUGAAUCUACUUUUAAUUCUUCCUUUUUGUGAGGGAAAUAUCCGUCCUUUCAAAUUUCCUCUUCAAAUUACAUUUUAAAUUAACUUCUAAUUAAUGUAAAUAUGUAUCAAAACCUUUAACUAAAAGCUCUUUAUAUAUACAACUUAGAAUGUUGUAGAAAUGGUAAUAGAGUAUUCUGCACAUUUUGUGUACUUUCUGUUCGCUGCACUCGCAAACAUGCAUGAUAAGUUUAGUAAUUAAGUAAUGAAAUAAAAAAGUAAGUUACUGAGUCUGGGGUAUUAUUUCAAUC